AUGCCAUCCGCACAGCCUGCAACACCUCCUGCCACACCUCCCGGGUUGGAGCCUUCUUUGCCUCUGCCUUCACCAUGUCUAUCGUACUGGCACAGAACAACUCGCGGUUUCCCUCAUCUCAACGCCAACGAGAACAACCCUACACCAGAGACAGCCGACUACAUUAUCAUCGGCUCAGGAAUCUCAGGCGCCUUGAUAGCCUUCUCCCUAAUCUCCUCCGGCGUCCCCGGUAACGAAAUCGUCAUUCUCGAAGCUAGAGAAGCAGUCUCGGGAGCAUCAGGCAGAAACGCUGGCCACGUUCGCCCUGACGCCUUUCGAGGCUAUGCUGCAUACGCUGCUGUCCACGGACCCGAGCAAGCGAAGAAAAUCAUUGUAGAGGAGAGGAAAGUGUUGCACGCUGUUGAUGAGUUUGUGCGAAAGUACAAUGUUCCUUGCGAUUUCGAUCUCACAACUACCUUUGAUGUGUGUUUGACGCCGGAGUUUGCUGCCUACGAGGCGAAGAGCUUCGAGGCGUAUAAAGCGGCUGGUGGAGAUGUGUCGCAUGUGCAGUUUCAUGAUGGCGAUGAGGCGAAGAGAAGGACAAGGGUUCCUGAGGCUGUUGCUGCGUAUGAGUGGCCUGCGGGAUCUAGUCAUCCUGCCAAGUUGGCUCAGUGGCUGUUAGGCAGUGUCAUUGACAAAGGUGCACAGCUGUGGACACACUGUCCUGCGAUCGCGGUGAUGGAGUCGGAGCAUUCAGAGUAUCGAUGGGAUGUGCGAACACCUCGAGGAACCAUUGCGACCCAAAAGGUUGUGCACAGCACCAAUGCUUAUGCUGCAGCAUUGCUUCCUCACCUCAAUGGCUACAUCACGCCAAAUCGGGCACAAGCACAUUCGCUCGUACCUACUUCUGCCUUUAGUGCUAAGAACGCUUUUGCCAGCACAAUGUCGCUCAGAUACAGCCUGCAUCAUUUUUACUCAAUCAUCCAGCGAAAGGGCGACGGAACCAUUGUUCUCGGCGUCUCUAGGUCGAAUCCUGAACUCAGUGCAGAAACAUUGGCGAUACGAGAAAGUUUUGAUGAUGGUGCUUUCAACCAGGAGAUUGUUGAUGAUGCAUUGAAGCGCUUCAAUAUCAUGUUUUCAAGAGAUGGCGCAGAGAGUGAGCGUCAUGGCGAAGGCCUUGACCACGCGUGGACAGGCAUCAUCGGCAUGACACCCGAUUCAGUGCCUUAUGUGGGCGCUAUCGAGGAGCUGCCAGGACAAUAUAUCUGUGCUGGGUUCAAUGGACAUGGAAUGGCGAGAAUCUUCACUUGUGCGCCGGGGUUGGCCAAACUGAUGCUGGGUGGAUCAUGGGAAGACACGGGACUGCCAGAGUGCUUCCAAUAUGGCAAGAAUAGAUUGGUAAAGGCUGUGCGCAAGGGCCAGAAGGGUAGUGUCUGGUAG